AUGCCUCGGGGUAGACCUAAAUCUCAAUUGGCACCAUGUCGGUUUUGUCACAGAGAAUUCAAGCGGCUAGAGCAUCUGAAACGACAUGAGCGUACUCGUGGGUAUUGCCCUUCCAAGGUUCAAUUCCUCGCCAUAGCUAAUCUGGCAAUUGUUCUAGAUACACAGGAGAAGCCAUUCCAAUGUCAAUGUGGACAGUCUUUUUCUCGGCAGGACCUGUUAAGUCGCCAUGAAAGACUUCAUCAUCCCCAAGGGUCGACAGCCAGGCCAAAUUCCGCCUUGGUCAGCCCAGAGAUCAUUGAAGAACCCGAGAAUAGAUCAUUCCUUCAAGAUGAGAAUUUGACGCAGCUACCAUCGAGCUUGCAUCGCUCAUCUUUGUCAGACACGACUCUCUCCACUCCCUGCAAUUUGCCUCCAUUGGCUGAGAGCUCUUAUGGAAUGGAUUUGACUCAAGAUGCACUACAGUUGCCGGAUCUUUCUUGGGACUACGACGCCUUUUCGUUUCCUGAUUUCAUACCUUCUCAAUUCCUCGAUACAGAUAUCUCUCUCAGCGAUCUGUUCCAGCAAGCCCCAGCCCAAAAGGAGCUGGAUACAAAUGCAUUUGCUGCGUCGGGUCCCGUUCCAGGUCCUCAAGAUCACACCCUGGCUCAGAAUCAGAGCUCUCUCCUUCACAAUUCUCUGCAUGACAACAUGAAUUUGAAGCAUCCCCCACGCUUCCCAUCUAUGGGUGAUCAACUUGAUAUCAGUAACAUGGACACAAGAUCGGACGUUGCCAAUUGUCCAUGGGCUGUAUCACCCUCUAAUUACAAAGCAAUCGUGGACAAAAUCGCGACCUCUAAGCCGACAUUACUUGACACAGCAUUUCCAUCAAAAGGUGCUUUGGUGCGCUAUCUGGAAGGAUAUUUCCGCAAAUUCCAUGACCAUCUACCGUUUCUUCAUGUGGCAUCAUUCAGACCAGAGAAUAUCGGAAUCGAGCUUCUUCUUUCCAUGGCUGCACUUGGUGCCUUUUACUGCUUCGAGCAUGUCGAAGGCUAUCGCUUGUAUGGCGCAACGCGGUCUCUGAUUGAGUCCGAUCUAAAAUCUCGACGCACUGAACUGAUUAAUCAAUUGACAUCCCGAGCUCCGAGAUACGUGGGGAAAGACAGCACACUUAGUCCGUUGACAUCCUCAUCUCCAAUCCUGUCGCAUACAACAGAGACCCCUCGGCCGGAUUCCUCGUCAGUCGAAGAGGAAGGCUCACAAGCUCGGCUUGAAAGAGCACAGGCAUUGAUAAUCCUCACAGCCGUGGGCACGUGGGGAGAUAAAUCACUCCUUCAGGAUAGUCUGGCUAUGAGCGGUCAGCUCGCCGAAUUGGUACGCCAGCUAGGAAUUGGUUUACCAGACGAUGUCAGCAAUAUGAAUCUUGGAUGGGUAGCUUGGGUCGCUCACGAGCAACUACGGCGCACAUUGCUCGUAGCAUACAUUAUUCUCAACUUGAACAGCAUCAUAUCCAAUACCCCGCCCAUGGUCUUGAAUCAACAAGUUGCCCUAUGUCUCCCAUCCUGUGAGGCUGAGUGGGGUGCCAAUUCAUCAGUCGCAUGGCAGCACCAUCGAGAGGUUUCCGCUCUGAGGGAGCGUCCAUUUGUCCAAACGUUGAAUCAAUUGUUCGUUGGCCAGAGCAUAUGUGAUGAAUGGGGUGUAUCAGCUUUUUCAAACUAUGUCUUGAUCCACGCGAUCAUUCAGAACAUAUAUUUUGAAAUCCAGGUUCGUCCAGAGAAUUCACCUGCUCCACCUGAACUUCUUAAAUCCUUCGAGAGAGCCCUUCAGUUGUGGCAAAACUCCUGGGAGACCACAUGGGAGUCGACUCUUGACCCAAAUUCACCCAAGGGCCCCAUUGGAUUCAACGCAACAGCGUUGUUGCGUCUAGCCUACAUACGACUGAACAUCAGGACGCGGCUGUUCCAUAAUUUUGUCAACAGUGAUAUUUCAAAAACAAAGGAAAUCAUUGCCAGCUUCAGAGAUAUAUCUAUUACCCGAAAUGCACCAUUGGAUCGGACAAUCCUUCAAUGCAUACAUGCCCUUAGCAUUCCUGUGAGGGUCGGGAUUCAGAACGUGGCCUGUACCCAAGUAAUGCAUUGGGGCAUCCAACAUUCUAUAAGUCACCUCGAAUGCGCAUUGCUUCUUACCUUGUGGGUGCAAAACAUCGCAGAGGCUGUUCAGGCCAACGGCAUCGCUACUUUGCGCGGGGAUGAAAUCAAACUACUCACUAUGGCAAAGGGCCUCGUCAGAGAAACCCAUUUACAGGGAAGUAUCCAUUAUCAAGAAGAGACAGCGGCAAACAUACGUCGUCUUGCGAUAUCGAUCGCUCGGCUUUGGGCUGAAAUAUCUAGUGGAACACACAUAUUUGACAUUGUUCGUCGAGUUGGAAUCUGUCUGUCGGUAAUUUCUGAUACACUGGAGGUCGAGCAUCCUGUAUUAUAG